CUUGCAGCCAUUUUCUGCUCUUUGUGUGGGGCGGAUUAGCGGACAGCGACCGAGCCGAGAGCAUCAGUAGUCGGAUACAGAACGAAGCGCCGUCGCCGUGUAUUGACUCUGCGCUGCGCUCAUCGUCUGCUCGUUUGUCGCGCGGACAUGCGAUUUGCAGGCUGGACUGCUUUGUGAGUGAAAGUGCGCAGCCAUGACGACCCACGUGACUCUGGAGGAUGCGCUGUCCAACGUGGACCUGCUGGAGGAGCUGCCGCUCCCUGACCAGCAGCCAUGCAUUGAGCCACCACCCUCUUCCAUAAUGUACCAGGCAAAUUUUGAUACCAACUUUGAGGAUAGAAAUGCUUUUGUGACCGGCAUCGCCCGAUACAUCGAACAGGCCACAGUCCAUUCUAGCAUGAAUGAAAUGCUGGAGGAGGGACAUGAAUAUGCUGUCAUGCUGUACACAUGGAGAAGCUGCUCGAGGGCCAUUCCACAGGUGAAAUGUAAUGAACAACCCAACAGAGUAGAGAUCUAUGAGAAGACUGUGGAGGUGCUGGAACCUGAAGUCAACAAGCUCAUGAAGUUCAUGUACUUCCAGCGUAAGGCAAUUGAGCGCUUUUGCAGUGAGGUAAAGCGCCUGUGUCACGCUGAGCGCAGGAAAGACUUUGUGUCCGAGGCUUACCUGCUCACCCUGGGCAAAUUCAUCAACAUGUUCGCUGUUCUGGACGAGCUCAAGAACAUGAAGUGCAGUGUCAAGAAUGACCACUCUGCUUACAAAAGAGCUGCUCAGUUCCUUAGGAAAAUGGCUGAUCCACAGUCUAUCCAAGAAUCCCAAAACCUUUCCAUGUUCUUGGCCAAUCACAACAGAAUCACACAGUGUCUGCAUCAGCAGCUGGAGGUGAUCCCUGGCUAUGAGGAGCUCCUGGCAGACAUUGUGAACAUCUGUGUGGACUACUAUGAGAAUAAGAUGUACUUGACACCCAGUGAGAAACACAUGCUGCUCAAGGUGAUGGGGUUUGGGCUUUACCUGAUGGAUGGAAACGUCAGCAACAUCUAUAAGCUGGAUGCCAAGAAGAGAAUAAAUCUUAGCAAAAUCGACAAGUUCUUCAAGCUCCAGGUCGUGCCGCUGUUUGGUGACAUGCAGAUCGAGCUGUCACGGUAUAUUGAAACAAGCGCACACUAUGAGGAGAACAAGUCAAAGUGGACUUGCACCCAGAGCAGCAUUAGUCCCCAGUAUAACCUGUGUGAACAGAUGGUUCAGAUCCGGGAUGACCACAUCCGCUUCAUCUCCGAGCUGGCACGUUACAGUAAUAGUGAGGUGGUCACAGGCUCUGGGUUAGACAGCCAGAAAUCUGAUGAAGAGUACAGGGAGCUGUUUGACCUGGCACUCCGAGGUUUGCAGCUCCUCUCCAAGUGGAGCACUCAUGUCAUGGAGGUGUACUCAUGGAAACUUGUGCACCCCACUGAUAAGUUUUGCAAUAAGGACUGUCCUGGCACUGCUGAAGAGUAUGAGCGUGCUACACGAUAUAACUAUACCAGCGAGGAGAAAUUUGCCUUGGUGGAAGUGAUCGCCAUGAUCAAAGGCCUGCAGGUGCUGAUGGGCCGCAUGGAGAGCGUCUUCAACCAGGCCAUCAGGAACACGAUCUAUUCUGCGCUGCAGGACUUUGCCCAGGUCACGCUGAGAGAGCCGCUAAGGCAGGCUGUGCGCAAGAAAAAAAACGUCCUAAUCAGUGUUCUACAGGCCAUUCGGAAGACCAUCUGUGACUGGGAGGGAGGCAGGGAGCCGCCCAAUGACCCUUGUCUAAGGGGAGAGAAGGACCCCAAAGGAGGUUUCGAUAUCAAAGUGCCGCGCCGUGCUGUCGGCCCCUCAAGCACUCAACUAUACAUGGUGCGAACUAUGCUUGAGUCUCUGAUCGCUGACAAGAGCGGCUCUAAGAAGACACUGCGCAGCAGCCUGGACGGCCCAAUAGUUCAGGCCAUAGAGGACUUCCAUAAGCACUCCUUCUUCUACACCCAUCUCCUUAACUUCAGUGAGGCCCUUCAGCAGUGCUGUGACCUGUCACAGCUGUGGUUCAGAGAGUUCUUCCUGGAGCUCACCAUGGGUCGUCGCAUCCAGUUCCCUAUUGAGAUGUCUAUGCCCUGGAUCCUCACUGAUCAUAUUCUGGAGACCAAAGAACCCUCCAUGAUGGAAUAUGUGUUGUAUCCUUUGGACCUUUAUAAUGACAGCGGGUAUUACGCUCUAACCAAGUUCAAGAAGCAGUUCCUUUAUGAUGAGAUAGAGGCUGAGGUGAACCUGUGUUUUGAUCAGUUUGUAUACAAAUUGGCUGAUCAAAUAUUCGCCUAUUAUAAAGCAAUGGCUGGAAGCGUUCUCUUGGACAAACGCUUCCGGGCAGAAUGUAAGAACUAUGGUGUGAUUAUCCCUUAUCCUCCCUCAAACCGCUAUGAGACACUGCUAAAACAGAGACAUGUGCAGCUCCUGGGUCGUUCCAUUGACCUGAACAGGCUGAUCACCCAGAGGAUCUCAGCGGCCAUGUACAAAUCCCUGGACCACGCCAUCAGCCGCUUCGAGAGUGAAGACCUCACGUCUAUAGUGGAGCUCGAGUGGUUGCUGGAAAUAAACCGACUGACUCAUCGGCUGUUGUCCAAAAACAUGACCCUGGACAGUUUCGACGCCAUGUUCCGUGAGGCCAACCACAACGUGUCUGCUCCUUAUGGCCGCAUCACACUGCACGUCUUCUGGGAGCUUAACUUCGACUUCUUACCAAACUACUGCUACAACGGCUCCACCAACAGAUUUGUGCGCACAGCAAUUCCUUUUACCCAAGAGCCUCAGCGAGAUAAGCCUGCCAACGUUCAGCCUUACUACCUGUAUGGCUCUAAGCCUCUCAACAUCGCGUACUCCCACAUCUACAGCUCCUACAGGAACUUCGUGGGUCCCCCGCAUUUCAAAACCAUCUGUCGUCUCCUUGGCUACCAGGGCAUCGCUGUAGUCAUGGAGGAACUGCUGAAAAUAGUCAAGAGCUUGCUCCAGGGCACCAUCCUUCAGUAUGUGAAGACUCUGAUAGAGGUGAUGCCUAAGAUAUGCCGUUUGCCUCGCCACGAGUAUGGAUCACCAGGUAUCCUGGAGUUUUUUCACCACCAGCUCAAGGAUAUAAUCGAAUACGCCGAGCUGAAGACUGACGUGUUUCAAAGUCUAAGAGAGGUCGGCAAUGCAAUCCUCUUCUGCCUCCUGAUUGAACAAGCUCUGUCGCAGGAAGAAGUUUGUGACCUCCUUCAUGCAGCGCCAUUCCAGAACAUUCUUCCCAGAGUCUACAUCAAAGAGGGCGAGAGGUUGGAGGUAAGGAUGAAGAGACUGGAAGCGAAGUAUGCGCCUCUGCAUCUGGUCCCUCUCAUUGAGAGACUUGGUACUCCACAGCAAAUUGCUAUAGCACGAGAGGGAGACCUGCUGACCAAGGAGAGGCUGUGCUGCGGCUUGUCAAUGUUCGAGGUCAUCCUAACGCGCAUCCGCAGCUUUCUGCAAGACAGCGUGUGGCGCGGACCACCGCCCAGCAACGGAGUCAUGCACGUGGACGAGUGCAUGGAGUUUCACCGGCUCUGGAGCGCCAUGCAGUUUGUCUACUGUAUCCCAGUGGGCACACACGAGUUUACCGCUGAACAGUGUUUUGGGGAUGGACUAAACUGGGCUGGCUGCGCCAUCAUCGUUUUGUUGGGCCAGCAGCGGCGCUUCGACCUCUUUGAUUUCUGCUACCACUUGCUGAAGGUCCAGAGACAGGAUGGCAAGGAUGAGAUCAUCAAGAAUGUGCCCUUGAAGAAAAUGGCUGACCGCAUCCGAAAGUACCAGAUCCUCAACAACGAGAUCUUUGCCAUUCUUAACAAGUACAUGAAGGCUGUUGAGACGGACAGUUCUACAGUCGAGCAUGUUCGCUGCUUCCAGCCUCCUAUACACCAGUCUCUGGCGACCACAUGUUAAAAACCCCCUCAACCUACCACUGACACGCUUUCCUCCGGUGUGGGCAGGCUUUCAAACAUAAACGCUUAAAAGUUAAAGCUAAUUUCUAGCGUUUUUUCUCAACCACUGUUUUAACAGUGGCAGACAUACCUCCACACAUGUCCAAUAAUUUGAUCUUUAACUGAAGGCCUUAUCUUAUCCACUGUUCUCUAAGCCUUGAUUCUGAACAUCGUAAUAAGUAUCACACCAGGUCCUAAAUAUAACACACAAGCAAAAGUUGUGGUAAAGUUAAAAGUGACAAAUUUAAAUAUAGCUAUUAAAUUAACCAGAGCACAUAUAGAAAUUUAUAUUGUGAUUUUUAUUGCUUUUUUAAAUUCCUGACAUCAUUCCACUUCUUCUCUGUACUGAUAGUAAAUGGGCUUUAGUAGACCAUUUUUGCAUGGCCGUCUCUACUUCUUUCAACUCAAUUCACAUUUUAAUUAGUAAUUUAUAUCUAAAGAAAUUGGAGCAAAAUGAAUCUGGUUCAUGGACACUAAGGUGUUAAUCUAGUCUGCAUAUUUAUUUAUCAUUCUUACAUUUUGGCACAUUUCAAAGAGAUUCACAUUCAGCUUCCUUCAUUACCCUGUUAACUCUGCUUUUCUGAAUUGUUUUUAAAGCUUAUUAUAUCUCCUAUUUUCCAUCCUAAAUGUCAGACGGAGUGAAGUAUUUGCUGUGGUACUUGUUCAUUUUUUUAAAUAAUGUAAUACGUCCUGUGUGUUUGCCUAAUCUACAGAAAAGACCCCACCAGUGGUUGCAGUUAGUAACCUCUCAGUUUAUGAAGUGCUUGUCUGGGAAAAUAUUGUUUUAAUCCAAAGUAUGUAUUUAACCAGUGGAUAUGUCUAGCAUUGUGAACUCACAUAAUUGAAAUUUUAAAGACGGGAUGAUGAAGGAUUUCAUUAAAAAAUACCUCUUGCUUUUACUUAGAGGAAAUAUCCAAUGUUUCAGAAUUGGGGUGUUUCCCAUCAUGAGCCUUGGACCAUGUUGUUAGGGGAAAAUGACCUUUUAACUUCUUUUUUCUGUACAUAAGGGCGAGACCUAAAGCUACUGUUGUGAGUGGAUCCUCAUGAACUCAUCUAUUUCAGGAUCAGGAGUUCAGGAUCUUUUACAUACAUUUCUCUUUUAAAGUACUUAGUAAAGUAAGGAUUCAUUUUCCAAAUCUCUCUUCACAUACACAAUAAACCAGUUUUUCUUGCUCCUUGGAGGGAUUCAAUUGUUUAAUGCUAGAAAUGAAAAUUCAGAGGCUUUGCUUUUAAAUGCUGGCAUGACGGGUGUAAGUUAUUGUCAUCUUGGAACUAAUUGUGACAUGAAUUUUUGUUCAUAUUGUUGUAUAAGUGAUCAAGUGUUUCAAAAUAGAAAACAAGAAUGAAACAACGAAAUGUACAACAAAUGGUUGUGCAAAUGGAUUAAAAAUUGCAUUGUAUUUCCAUGAAAUAAAAAAAAUGUCUAACUGAAAA